CAUAUGGUAAACAGUUUAGCCAAUGAUACGGUGCGAUCGUGAUCAUGUGACUUAUAAUAAUGGAAUAGUGUCAUAGGGGAUAAUUGUUACACGUACAGACUAGAAAUAAGGAAGAAAACAAAGAAACUAGAGGUCUUCAGUUUCUUUGAAGAUUGGUGUGAUUUCUAAUCACAACGGCUUUACUUAAUAUAUAAAACAAGAUAAAAAGAAAUAUAAUAAAAAUGGAUAUGGAACAGAAUGGUAAUCAGAACCCAUCACCUCUGUGUCGUGCUGGGUGUGGUUUCUAUGGUAGCUCCUCCUUUGAGGGUAUGUGCUCCAAGUGCUAUAAAGAUGCGAUGAAGCGUAAAGAAAACGCCCCCACGAUUAGUGGUCGCCUCAGUCCAGCGGCUACCACGGUUACUGCAUCAGGUGAGACGGAUUCCGUGGGAAACGUGACCUCAACCUUAGCUCACACUUCUCUAGGCACCCCAGAAUCUGGUAGCUCCAACUCCCUCAAGGAUCUCGCUGCCAGCACCACCCCCAGUGUAGAGACGGCUACCCCUACUGUCCCCAUCCCCGGGGCCAGCUCCAAUAAACAGGAAGCAGAUAAGGCUGACACCGCGACAGGAGGGGUUGUAACUGACGUUGCCUCAUCACCUGAUGAUAAGAAAUCAAAGAAGAAUCGUUGCACCACCUGUAAAAAGAAAGUGGGGCUCACUGGUUUUCCCUGUCGAUGUGGAGGGCUGUUUUGUAGUAUGCACAGAUAUUCGGACAAACAUGAGUGUGACUUUAACUACAAGGAACUCGCACAAGAGCAGAUUCGCAAGCACAACCCUGUCAUCGUGGCUGAGAAAAUUCAGAAGAUUUAAUGCCGUGAUUACGUAGGAGUUAUCGUAUUGUUGUCUUCUUUGGACCCUUGUGUCUAAAAAAUUUUUUCUUUGUUUUAAAUUGUGUGGGUGUUUUGCAUUAAUAGAAACAUCAGAAAGAGAGCUUCUAUUAGAUUUAACAGAAUGGAGGAAUUUAAGGAAAUGAAAUAUAUAUAUAUAUUUUUUUUUUUUUUUUGGUAGUUUUAUUUAAAAGGAUUGAGAUAUUAGCUUCUUGAAGAAAAAAAAACACUUUGUUGAUUGUUUAUUUCUUUUUUUCCCCUUUUUUGUGGAAUUUGGAAAGUAUUUAUUACAAUUAAUAUAUAUAUUGUUUAUGUUUCUUUGACAUUGUUUCAGCACUAAUACUUUUUCAGUAUUUUUUCCCCUUUGGACACCUUAUUUUAAAGAAGAAAAAAAAAUCUUUGUGUGACUAUCAGUCUUUGUCACAGUUAUUUAUAGCAUGUCAACAUUUUCAACAUUUACAUUAUUAAAUAUGAAAAUGCAUUUACGUUUUUUUUUUUUUUUUGCAAAUGUGUACUCCACUAAUUGUGUGAUUUUAUAAAGAACUUGUGGGAGAAAAGGUUAACAUCUUUGAACUGUUGUAUAUGAUGAGGAAUUUUGAGGGAUAGAGUCAGGGUUUUUUUUUUUUUGUUUCGUUUUUUUUUUGUGUAUGUUUUAAGUAAUAUAGGGGUUCAUCUAAGAGAGUGUCUUUACAUUUUUAAUUAGCAAAUUCAUAUUUAUGCAUUGAAAUAUGUUUAUAUCCCACAAGAGCCCUUGAGCAUACCCAGUGCUUGCAGUCAUUUAUAUUAUGCAGAUUCUUACUUUGCCCACGGGCAAGCAUUAAUAUUUCCAAAGCUGUGCCCCUUUCUCCAAGUAUUUUUCAAAUAUAAUUUUUUUAUGAGUAUCAAAACUUUCAUGAAAAACAAUAUUAAUGGUGUCGAUCUAACAUAUGUAGUGUUUUAUGACCUAUUUCAGUUAUUGUAAUAUUGUGUGAGUUAUUUUCCCCAUUUGUAUUUUAUUAUAUCAGACAAUAAAUUGUUUGAUUAGUUAGAUAAUUAAAAUUAUUUUACAAGUGGUAAUUGUACAUAGGAGCUUCUUACACCAGUGCAUGUACAGAGCUUGUAAAGUUUGCAAUUUUAUUUUUUGUGUGAAAUUUCAAUUACACUAUAACCCUUUUCAAGCAUCCUUUACCUUGAAAUCCUGCCCCCCCCCCCCCCCUUUUUUUUCCUUAUUUCUAUUGAUAUUAUAGUCAACUUAAAAUUUUAAUUAACAAUAUCUCAUAUAUUCCUUGUAUAAAAUCUUUUUAAAUAAUUUUCCCUCCACAUUCACACACACAUACACACCUUUUCAAGAGUGCACUUUUCUCCUUUCCUUAAUGUCAAUCAUUGUAAAUGUACCGAAUAUGAAUAAAAAAUAUUUUUUAAUGAAUAUUUUUUCAGGUUUUUUUUUUUUUUUUUUGGUGAUUUUAUGCAAUUCCACCUACCUGAUUGUUUAUAUCUCCCACUUGUAGCAUUAUAUUUGUAGGGUUGAUAUGGGAUUUUUAGUGUGUGGUUGAUUCAUUGUGUCUGAUGAAAGAACAGUUGUGAUUGGCAGUGUGAAUGGUAUAUUUGAAAGAAUAAUUUUGAUUGGUUGUUAAGAUGACAUUUGAAUAAUUGUGAUUGGAUUUCAUUUGAAGGAUGUUUAAGUGAUAUAGUGUUUAGCUGUGUUUGAUUGGAGUAUAAAUGUAUAUGACAGAUGGUGUAUCAGUAAUGCUAGAUAUCUAUAAUUAAAAAAUAUAUUCAUGUGUAUUGUUAUUAAAAAAGAUUUGUUUGAUUAACCAUAUAACAUAGUGAUUUUUUUGUCAUUUUAAAUCCAUACACAUUUGCAGUAUUUCUCUAGAGCAUUGAAUUUGGUUAUUAAAACAAACAAAGGAAAUACACAGACAUGCAUGUAUUUGUCACCCCAUUUGUCAUGUAAUGCACAAAAGUACACAAAUACAAACUGGAAUUAGGACUGUUAUAUUUUUGUUUUAAAAUACGAGGCAAUUUUUUUUUAUUUUACAAAGCAAGAUAUGCUAUAUUCGGGUUUCAAAUUCAGCAUUGUUGUUAAUUUUUUUUUCAAUUUAAGUAAAGUUCACUUACAAAAUUAUGCUCUCAAACUUCUCAAGUGAAGAAAAAUAAUGUGUAUAUGUGUGUACAUGCUUCUACAUUAUAACAUUGCCACCACUGUUAUAUGCACUUUCUAUACAAUAUCAUACAUAAUGCUUUUUGAAAAAAUCCAUUUAACCCUCGUCAGAUUUUUAGUUUCAUUUCAUGGAACGAUUUCAUCAUGAGCUGUGAAAAUAUUUAAAUAAACUUGUUAUAGAUGCA